GGUAAAGUUAAAGGGACGUCUAAAAACCGAUUUUUUUUUGAAAAUUUUUACAUAGAAUGUUGAGUGUGGUCAAAAUAUUGAUAAAAAAGUGAGGAUGAUUGGAAAAAAUACAAAAUUUUGGAAAUUAUGAAGGUUUUUUUACAUACGUUAAAUACGUAACUAUUGCCGGCUUGCACAAGGUUUUUUAGCUCUUGAUUUUGCUAUAAUUGAAAAAUAUAUAUAUUGGGGCAAUUUUGGAACUUUUUGGGUGCUAAAAUUGUAAAUUUAUAGAAUUCUUUAUCACUUUGUACCACUAUAAUUACAUAUUUUGUAAUUUACACACACGAAAUAUAAAACAAUAACCUUAUUGACGAAAAUGGGAGUGGCUUCACUACGUCCCCAGUAGCAUUUUUUGGUUUUGCCUGGAACACUUUUUAGUUGGAUGGGUUGGCUGUGGACUCAAUUUUAGAUAACAAAGGCAUAAUAUACCUAGUUAGAUUUUACAUUACAUGAACAAAAUACAUUUAUCAGGUGUUAAGAAAUAGGUAUUAUUUAUUUAAAUUAUUUGAUAUUUUAUGUAAUUUUAUAUAUAAUAAAUAAACAUUUUGAAAAAAAAAACAUAAUUUAAGAUAUUUAAUUAUUAAUAAGUAAAUAAUAACGAUGAGGUUUAAUGUACAUUAACUUAUAGUCAAAACAAUAAAUAUCUUUAAAUUCAUUAUAGGCAUAAGGCAUAGGAAUUAUAGGCACAAACACGCGGGGCUCCCGCCCCGCGUGUUUGUGCCUAUAAUUCCCAUUUUCUAACUAUUAUCCCAUUCCCUAAGUAGGGCUCAAACGACUACCCAACCCACUAUUUAGCGCCAACCCAAGGUUCCAAUCCCUUUUUGCAAUGCCAACUCCACAUGUGCGCCAACCACACAGUCCCAUGUGUGCACACGGGGCUGCCGCCCCAUGUGCGCCCGCCUUGUAUGCGCACACGGGGCUACCGCCCCGUGUGCAUAUUUUAUGAUUAUAUAAAUAAACAAAUGUCAAAUACCUACCUAUAAUGAGACAGGACAGAAAAUUACGAUAAUUGUACUAGUACAGUAGCCACUCCCAAUAAAUAUGUGACAUUUUGACAGUUUUUUUAUUUAUGAAUAAAUCCGUAUUUGCAUAUUUGAUAUUCCUGAUUUGCGUGUGGAAAUUUGUGUUUAUCACCUAAAGAAGUGAUGUAAAUCCUUCUAUAAUCUUCUUUGUUACUUAAGGCUUUAAAUUUAAAUUAAUAGCAUAUAUAAUGGUCAACGUGAUGCCUAGUCGCAAAUAGAGUGUAGUUAAGCCGGGUGUAAUUGUGAAUCAUACGUAAGUAGAAAAUCCUUUAUAAUUUUUAAAAUUUUGCAUUUUUUUAUUUCAUCCUCACUUUUUUAUCAAUAAAAUGUUCAAACUCAACAUUCUAUGUAAAAAUUUUCAAAAAAAAAUCGUUUUUUAGACGUCCCUUUAACUUUAACGGACCCCGGUUUCGGUUAUUUGAACAAUUGCGUUGGCAUCUUUCCAAAUACCAAAUAUGCCAUACUCCCGAUCAUACUGUUGCCUUGAUUUAACUGGCAAAAGAUUUUCGGUCGCUUUUAUGGCCUUUUCUCUUAUAUUUUGUGGAAUUUCUUCCAUUUUAAGCAAAUAUUUAAACAAAAAAUGCCAACUGACUAACUGACAGAAACAUCAAAGUCAAACUUAAAUAAUCACUGCAAGUCACUUGAUAAAUUUCUGUAGGUAGGUGUGUACGUAUACCUGUACAGGUAGACCCUAUUUUUUAAUUAAUAUUAAAAUUAUUUUUGUUUGUAAAAAUCAAUUUUUAGGUAAAACAUAAAGCAUUGUAUGUACCACGGGCAUUGUUAGACUCUAAUGCCAAUCAGGCGGAAACCUACUAUUUCCACCUUCCGGGCAUUAUCGUCCUUACAAUACCCUUGAUACAUAAAUAGCUAUUAUUCCCUGAUUCACUAGAGGCUGAUAGUGUUGUAAAAAUCCGAAUUAAUUCAAUAUCCGGACAGUACUGAUUCGGAUGAAUUGAAAAUUCGUUUUUUUCAUCCGGAUUAAUUCAUCCGCUCGAUGCCUUGCCCGUUCGGCAAAUUAUGCUAUGUUUCGGGCUCGAUGCUCGACCGUCCGAUAAACGUUUUUUAUACCUGUUUUUCGAAUAUAAGGUAUGCAUUAUGCAACCCAUUAGACAUUUCAUUUUUACGGAUUUCUACAUGAUGUUAAAACUAAAAUAGCUAAUUAUGUAUGUAAUAAAUCAAGUGUAUUUUAAACGAUGCAAAAUAUCAAUACGAAAAUGCUUUGUUGCCGGGUUAUUUGUCCGGACGAUUUAAUUCGGAUUCUCUUAGCCGGUGGAACGUGGAACUUCGUGAGCCUCUUGUAAGCUCAUACAAUUAUUUCAUCGUCGGGCUAACGGAGGACGGGAGGCGUGUAUCCGGACGAUUUAGAUAUCCGGAUUGAUUCGGAAUAAUUUGAUAUUCGGAUUGAACGGACGAUUAAUCCGGACUCUUCGCAUCACUAGAGGCUGACAUAAAGUAGGGUGAUAUGGUUUCAACCAGUGGCGAAGCGUGACUUUUUUUUCGGGUAGACAAACAAUAAAAAUCAUUAAUUGGAAAAAAAUGUGUAUUCAAUAUUAUUCACUUUAAUGAAAUACAGAAUGAAAGCGCAUGAAAUAUUAACUCAAAAAGAAAAAUUAUGUAGUGAUAUAAAAAAGAAAUAAAUAAUUACUACUAGCAUAAAAAGAUAGAUAGAUAAAAAUAAAUACUACUUACAAAAAAACACAACUAAAAUACAAUUGCCAAUAUCGAACAGUCGUUCAUAAAUAACCACUAAAAAACCUUUUCUAUACACCCAAAAAUAAAAAUACUAAUUAUUAAAUUACUAUAGCACGCGCCCCCACCAAAUGCAGACAAAACUGAAGAUGUAUUGCGGCCGACCAGAUCAAGCGUGUCCAUAAACAAUAACCCUCAACAGCAUAAUAAAAUAGCUGGUCGACUUCGAUAGACAAAAGCUCGAAUGUCUUCCCCGCGAGUUAAUAGGCUGAAUGCGGCCGGACCUCUGUAGCCUGCUUGAUGCGUAUUUGGUUCGAUAUGCUCCAAAUUUCGGAAGACAAAUAUCAAUGUGUCUUCCUGGGGCUCGUAUACAUUAAUUGGGUGUCAGCCCUGUAUUUUUCCUUAAUCGGUGCGGCAAGCGGGGCGCGCCUUCGGAUUAAUUAUGUUUAGAUACUAUACUAAUAAUAGUAAGGAUAGCGACUACGUUCUGUGUUAUUUUUUUAAAAUUUUAAUUCAACAAUUACUCAAUUACAUGAAAUAAUUACGUGAUAAAUUAAUGACAAAUAACUGGAUAAUUUUGGGUAGACAGUGUCUACCUUGUCUACUCAUACGCUUCGCCACUGGUUUCAACAAGAUAAGGAAUCGCUUCACUUUACCUUCGCCGUUCGAAAUAAAUCUUUUAAGAUAAUGCAACAUUUACUAACAGAUGAAUUGGACGAAGAGGAAUUGUCCACCAAUUAAGAGUGGAAUAUUUUCAUUAGAUGUUUUUUUGCGGGGCUAUUUCCAAGUGUAUGUAAAUAUACCAAAUAAUGUUAAAGAAAUUAGACUAAUCGAUUUGCAAGUGAUUGAAAAUGUGCAAUUGAACGUUUUUACCGACUUCAAAAAUUAAUUGAAGUGUAUUGAACAUCAGUUAUAGCAAUAAAUAUUGUAUAAAUUGUUAUUUUCUAAUGUCGUAUGUUUCAUUAUUCUAUUACAUCAAUUUGACAAACCGCUGACUUUAAACAUAUGGUAUAGUAUACAAAAAGUAUUUAGAAUAUAUCAUAGAAUUGUAAAAUGUCAUGAUAUACAGGGUGUUCCAAUUUAAAAAAUUAAUGUUGACGCCAUAGUUUCUACUUAAGGUACCCUGUAUAGAAAAUUUUUAUUGCAAAAAAGGUGAAAGUGAUGAUGCUAAUCGACGAGUCCGAAACAUAAAAGAAGAAAAAUAUAGUUAAAUUUUAAAUUAACUUGUUCCUUUUAUCGUAAAUGCACAGUACAUUGAUAUUAAAAAAAAAUAAAGCAAAUAUAACAAAUUUCUUUAAAUUAUGUUCACUAUUUUUUAUCCUAAAUAGAUGGUUAGUAUUUUUUUUUCAAUUUCAACUUUUUACUUAUUCCAAAAUGGUUAACAAAAUCUUAAAAGACCGUUAAGAAAACUUUCAGUGACCAAAUUUGGCAAUUUAACUAAAAGCGCUUUAAGAGAUACAUAAAUGUCCAUUCGGUACAUGACGGUGCUUUAAGAGACAAUUAGUUUAAGGAUCUCAUAAGAAUAAGUUGGUGCAAACCACUGUAAUUCACACAAACGGCACUAAGUCCUGCUAGUGGUAAUUUUAAGGAAUCGUAAUUUGGUCUAAUACCGAAAUCCAUUGGAGAAAAAAUUGUGACACUAGGGCGGCACCGACACUGGUUCGGUUCAGUUAACCGCAAAAACCGCACUGUUGCAUUAACCGGCCACACACGCAGAGACUUCUCUCGAGAUUUAAUCCGUCGCGGUUCAAGUCGUAUGUUUUUGGCGGACUUGGUAUGUCAGAGGUAAAACUUUAAAAAUUAACCACCGUAAAAAAUUACCACUAACGUAAAGACAUAUUUAUGAACAAAUCUGACAGACUUAAUAUGUUGUAGACAAAACCGUAUGUUAGUGGAUAUAAUCUGUACAAUUAUCUGCAGACUAUGCCUGAAAAUAAGUUUGUGGCCUCGGCAAAAGUUUUCAGAGAACGCGAUCGUAAAUUAGGCUACUAAUUUUUGUGUUUAUAGGUAUGUGUGAACAGGGAAGAUGCCUAGCAAUAAGAAAAAGAUUGCACUGUGUUUAGCUAGGUCUGGUAUGAUUCUUAUGGCAACUAAACAUCGUACUAUUAGAAAACGUAGCAAAUGGGUCAAAAAAUGGUUGUUGGAAAGAGAGUCUCUAAGCCACGUACCAUUAUUAAGAGAAAUAAAACAAAACGAACCUAUGGAUUUCAAAAAUUAUUUAAGAAUGGAUAGUGCAACUUUUAGUAAAUUAUUGUCCAUGGUAAAAAAUGGAUUAACAAAACAGCACACUGCUAUGAGAGAGCCAAUUUCUCCAGAACAACGUCUUACAGCCACACUUCGAUUUCUAGCAACAGGGAGAUCUUAUGAAGAUCUAAAAUAUUCUGUAGGAAUAUCCGCACAAGCAUUAGGAUACCUUAUACCGGAAACAUGUACUGUAAUUUUUGAGGAAUUAAAGCAAGAAUAUUUAAAGUUUCCAACAUGCAAAGAAGACUGGAAAAGUAUCGCAUCCGGUUUUGAAUCCCGAUGGAAUUUUCCUAACUGUGCAGGAGCCCUAGACGGAAAGCACAUCCGAAUAGUACCACCACCAAGAACAGGUGCUCUGUAUUAUAACUAUAAAAAAUUUUAUAGCGUUAUUCUGAUGGCGUUAGUGAAAGCGAAUUGCGAGUUUAUUUAUGUGGACUGUUUAUGUGGACUUGUUGGAAAGCAAGGCAGAAUGUCAGACAGUGCCGCUUUCGAAUGGACUUCAUUUUAUAAAAAACUGCUUACAGGCAAUUUAGGUUUUCCAGACAACAGUGAAACUAAAGAAAAUCUAAACUUUGUUAUUAUUGGUGAUUCGGCAUUCCCUCUACAAAAUAAUUUAUUAAAACCUUCUCCAGAUAAAGAUUUAACCUAUGAAAGAAAUAUAUUCAAUUAUAGAUUGUCUAGGGCACGAAAUGUGGUAGAAAAUGCGUUUGGUUUACUUGCCGCCCGUUUUCGGAUUUUCCACACCAGUUUGGCAAUGGAUCAAAAAAACAUAAUUAAAAUAGUCCUAGCAGCUUGCACUUUACAUAAUUUUUUAAUAAGAAGUAGUCCGUCUUAUGCAACAGCUGCCGACAAAGAAAAUCUUACUACACAUAUAACUGAAAAAGGGGAAUGGCGGUCAAAAGAUGUGGAACUGGUUUCCCUCUCAAAAAGGAAACAUGUUAAACCAUCCAUAGAAGCUAAGAAUAAUAGAGAUAAAUACUGCGAAUAUUUUAAUAAUAAAGGAAAACUUGAUUGGCAAGAUAAAAUGAUCGAAGCUGGUAAAGCAUAG